GAAACUGGGUCCCCGGUUUACAGCGGGUCACAGAUGCUGGAAAAGGUACAGAGUCCAGGGAGAGGCUUGCUCGUAACUUUCCGAAUUCUGGAUUUUUUUUUUUUUUUUUAAAAACUUUUUCUCAACUUUCACUAAGGAAAUACAGGUUACUGUAGGCGGGUGUUUGCUCCCCAAGGCCACAAAAUAUGACAAGCAGCACUUUUUCUUAUGCUCAAUGAUUUCUGCCUUAUGCCAAAGGACUGCCUAUAAUUUCACUAAGAAUGUCUUCUAAUUCCGAUACUGGGGAUAUACAAGAAUCUCUAAAGCAUGGAUUUACACCUCUUGGUGCUGGGCUUCCGGACCGACAUCGACCCCCCAUUCCCGCCCGCGGCCGCCUGGUCAUGCUGCCCAAAGUGGAGACGGAAGCCCUGGGACUGGCUCGAUCGCAUGGGGAACAGGGGCAGAUGCCGGACAACAUGCAAGUGUCUCAAUUUAAAAUGGUGAAUUACUCCUAUGAUGAAGAUCUUGAAGAACUCUGCCCCGUGUGUGGUGAUAAGGUGUCUGGGUACCACUACGGGCUCCUCACUUGUGAAAGCUGCAAGGGAUUUUUUAAGCGAACAGUCCAAAAUAAUAAAAGGUAUACAUGUAUAGAAAACCAGAAUUGCCAAAUUGACAAAACACAGAGAAAACGUUGCCCUUACUGUCGAUUUCAAAAAUGUCUGAGUGUUGGAAUGAAGCUAGAAGCGGUAAGGGCAGACCGAAUGCGUGGAGGAAGGAAUAAGUUUGGGCCAAUGUAUAAGAGAGACAGGGCUCUGAAGCAGCAGAAAAAAGCCCUCAUCAGAGCCAAUGGACUUAAGCUAGAAGCCAUGUCUCAGGUGAUCCAGGCAAUGCCCUCUGACCUGACCAUCUCUUCUGCGAUUCAGAACAUCCACUCAGCUCCCAAAGGCCUACCUCUGAACCACGCUGCCUUGCCUCCCACAGACUACGACAGAAGCCCUUUUGUCACGUCUCCUAUUAGCAUGACAAUGCCACCUCAUGGCAGCCUGCAAGGUUACCAGACAUAUGGCCAUUUUCCUAGCAGGGCCAUCAAGUCUGAGUACCCAGACCCCUACACCGGCUCAUCUGAGUCCAUCAUGGCCUAUUCCUACAUGGAUGGUUACCAGACCAGCUCUCCAGCAAGCAUCCCACACCUGAUACUGGAACUUUUAAAGUGUGAGCCAGACGAGCCUCAGGUGCAAGCCAAAAUCUCGGCCUACCUGCAGCAGGAGCAGGCUAACCGGAGCAAGCAUGAAAAGCUGAGCUCAUUUGGGCUCAUGUGCAAAAUGGCAGACCAAACCCUCUUCUCCAUCGUCGAGUGGGCGAGGAGUAGCAUCUUCUUCCGGGAACUGAAGGUUGAUGACCAAAUGAAGCUGCUCCAGAACUGCUGGAGUGAGCUCUUAAUCCUCGACCACAUUUACCGACAAGUGGUGCAUGGGAAGGAAGGGCACAUCUUCCUGGUUACUGGGCAACAAGUGGAGUAUUCUAUAAUAGCAUCACAAGCUGGCGCCACCCUCAACAACCUCAUAUGUCAUGCGCAGGAGCUAGUGGCAAAACUUCGGUCCCUGCAGCUUGAUCAGCGAGAGUUCGUGUGUCUAAAGUUCUUGGUGCUCUUUAGUUUAGAUGUCAAAAACCUCGAGAACUUCCAGCUGGUUGAAGGUGUUCAGGAACAAGUCAACUCAGCUCUGAUGGACUACACACUUUGCAACUACCCACAGCAAGCAGAGAAAUUCGGGCAGCUACUACUUGGACUACCGGAAAUCCGGGCAAUUAGCAUGCAGGCUGAAGAAUACCUCUACUACAAGCACCUGAAUGGAGAUGUCCCCUAUAAUAACCUUCUCAUCGAAAUGUUGCAUGCAAAAAGAGCAUAAGUUACAACCCUAGGAGCGCUGCUUUCAGAACAAAAAGAGAUUGGGGUGGGAUGGGGAAGAAGAACAGGAAGAGAAAAAAAUAAUACUCUGAACUGCUCCAAGCAACACACUAAUUAAAAACUUGGUUUAAAGAUAUUGAAUUUUAAAAAGCAUAAUAAUCAAAUACUUAAUAACAAAUAAACGAUGUAUCAGGGUAUUUCUAUCGCAAACUGUGAAUCGAAGGCUUCACAUCCCCAGAGGGUUCGUAAUGACAGACAUUGGAAUGGAAUGGAUUGAAUUCACAGGUGGAUUCCAAAACUAUGUCAGAAUAAAAACAGACAGAACGAUUCUUGUGUAUUUAAGCUGAUCUCCGCUGUGAAGAAAUUUAGGAACUAAUCUGCAUUAUUAAUUAGGCUUGUUCAUCAGGGGUCUGCAUUUACAAAAUUCCUCCACGGUGAAACGGAACUGAAACACUUCUGAAGACUGCGCCAGCUGAACCCGGACAGCUCCUCUCUCUUCCUCUCAAGAACCCCACACCUUCUGCCCCAUGACCACAGAAUCUGUGCUUAGGAUCUGUGGUCAGACACGCCCAGUAGUAGCUCCACUAAAUUCUGAAUGUCUAUGUUGUAGAUCUGCAAACAGCUAAUAAGAACAGUCUAUUACUAUGUCAGCUUGCCAUUUUUAAUAUGUUCUGGUUUGUUUUGUCACAUGUUCAUGAUCAGAAAAAAAAGCAGGCAGUAUCCCUCUUCUGUCAUAUAUAAGCAUUAAUUAAUAUUAGGGGAUAUGGCUACCAAUUUUUAAAGCAAAUGCUUCAUAACUAAAGCAAGUUAAAUCUUAUUUCUGCUAUUGUUGGUGAAGCGUAGCUUUGGCAUUGUUGAAUUUCAUAAGAAUGUCCGACCAAAAGUCUUCUUACUAGGAUAUAGCUGUCUUUGUAUUUGUCAAAAGUUUGUAUUCAUUUAGAAACAAGACUUUAAACCUCUUCUUGGGAUGUCAUAUAGUCACAGUGCUAAGUAGUUGAACAUAAAACUGGAAGCAUGUGAAGCUAUGCAAAAUGACAGGAAACACAAAAAAGUCAGCUGAUAAAAUGACUCCAGGCUCAUUCUUGUCGUGAUGCAUAUCACCUAAACCUAAUAUGGAAACUGAUUUUUUUUAUAUGUAACCUGGAAAGAUAUCAGUGUAAUUAAAAUCUUUCCCAGAGGGGAAAGGAAGAGAGUGAUACUGACCCUUUAAGUCAUAGGCCAAAGUCUGCUGUAGAACAAAUAUUGGAGGACAAGGGAUUGCAAACAAGCUCUCUGAACAAUGCUGUCAGUAUUACAAACACGCAAUGCCACAGGUAUGAAAGUCUUGCCUUAUUUCAUGAUUCUAAAAGGUAGCUGUGCAGAUGUGGAUCAACAUGUGUUUAAAAUAAAGUAUUAAUACUUUAAAGUCAAA